GGAUAUCUUCAGGGAAAUUGACUCUCCAUAAGCUGAGAAUUUAGGUGUUCUGAGUGAGAGUCCUCACAUCCUCUGGGAAGAUGGUGGCCCUGUCCUUAAAGAUCUGUGUCCGCCACUGCAACGUGGUGAAGACCAUGCAGUUCGAGCCGUCCACGGCCGUGUACGACGCGUGUCGAUUCAUUCGGGAACGGGUGCCCGAGGCACAGACCGGCCAAGCUUCUGACUAUGGGCUGUUUCUCUCCGAUGAAGACCCCAGGAAAGGAAUUUGGCUGGAAGCAGGCAGAACACUGGAUUACUACAUGUUGCGAAAUGGGGAUAUUUUGGAAUAUAAAAAGAAACAGAGACCUCAGAAGAUCCGCAUGCUGGAUGGCGCCGUGAAGACGGUGAUGGUGGACGACUCCAAGACGGUCGGGGAGCUCCUGGUGACCAUCUGCAGCAGGAUAGGAAUAACAAACUAUGAAGAAUAUUCUUUAAUCCAAGAAACAAUUGAAGAAAAGAAAGAGGAAGGGACGGGUACACUAAAAAAAGACAGGACACUGUUACGAGACGAGAGGAAAAUGGAGAAGUUGAAGGCCAAACUGCACACGGACGAUGACUUAAAUUGGCUGGAUCACAGCCGAACAUUCAGAGAACAAGGCGUUGAUGAAAACGAAACGUUGCUGCUUAGACGGAAAUUCUUUUACUCGGAUCAGAAUGUGGACUCGAGAGACCCUGUGCAGCUGAACUUGCUUUAUGUUCAGGCUCGGGAUGAUAUCCUGAACGGCUCCCACCCUGUCUCCUUCGAGAAAGCCUGCGAGUUUGGUGGAUUUCAAGCCCAGAUACAGUUUGGACCUCACGUGGAGCAUAAACACAAACCCGGAUUCCUAGAUCUAAAAGAAUUCCUGCCCAAAGAAUAUAUCAAGCAGAGAGGAGCUGAAAAGAGAAUAUUUCAGGAGCACAAGAACUGUGGAGAGAUGAGUGAGAUAGAAGCCAAGGUCAAGUACGUCAAACUCGCCCGGUCCCUGCGGACAUACGGCGUGUCCUUUUUCCUGGUGAAGGAAAAGAUGAAAGGCAAGAACAAGCUGGUGCCUCGCCUGCUGGGCAUCACCAAGGACUCCGUGAUGCGCGUGGACGAGAAGACCAAGGAAGUGCUGCAGGAGUGGCCGCUCACCACGGUCAAGCGCUGGGCAGCCUCACCCAAGAGCUUCACGUUGGAUUUUGGGGAGUAUCAGGAAAGUUACUAUUCAGUACAAACCACUGAGGGAGAGCAAAUAUCCCAGCUGAUUGCAGGCUACAUUGAUAUCAUCCUCAAAAAGAAACAAAGCAAAGAUAGAUUUGGACUAGAAGGUGAUGAGGAGUCAACUAUGUUAGAAGAGUCCGUUUCCCCAAAAAAGUCCACCAUCUUGCAGCAGCAGUUCAACCGGACCGGGAAGGUGGAGCACGGCUCGGUGGCGCUGCCGGCCGUGAUGCGCUCGGGCUCCAGCGGGCCCGAGACCUUCAACGUUGGCAGCAUGCCCUCGCCGCAGCAGCAGGUCAUGGUUGGGCAGAUGCACCGAGGCCACAUGCCCCCGCUGACUUCGGCCCAGCAGGCCCUCAUGGGGACCAUCAAUACGAGCAUGCACGCUGUCCAGCAGGCCCAGGACGACCUCGGCGAGCUUGACUCGCUGCCGCCUCUGGGUCAGGAUAUGGCGUCUAGGGUAUGGGUUCAGAAUAAAGUCGACGAAUCCAAACACGAAAUCCACUCUCAAGUCGAUGCCAUCACAGCUGGAACAGCUUCAGUCGUUAACCUCACUGCCGGUGACCCGGCAGACACUGACUACACGGCGGUGGGAUGUGCAAUCACCACCAUUUCUUCCAACCUGACGGAGAUGUCCAAGGGCGUGAAGCUGUUGGCGGCCCUCAUGGACGACGAGGUGGGCAGUGGGGAGGACUUGCUCAGAGCUGCGAGGACCCUUGCUGGGGCCGUGUCGGACUUGCUGAAGGCUGUGCAGCCUACUUCUGGAGAGCCCCGGCAGACGGUCUUGACGGCUGCUGGAAGCAUUGGACAGGCCAGUGGGGAUCUUCUGAGGCAGAUCGGAGAGAAUGAGACUGACGAGCGAUUCCAAGACGUCUUAAUGAGUUUGGCCAAAGCUGUUGCCAAUGCCGCUGCCAUGUUGGUACUAAAGGCAAAGAAUGUUGCCCAAGUGGCCGAAGACACUGUCCUACAGAACAGGGUGAUUGCUGCUGCCACCCAGUGUGCCCUCUCCACCUCCCAGCUCGUGGCCUGUGCCAAGGUGGUGAGCCCCACCAUCAGCUCCCCCGUGUGCCAGGAGCAGCUGAUCGAAGCGGGGAAGCUUGUGGACCGCUCGGUGGAGAACUGCGUCCGCGCCUGCCAGGCGGCCACUGAUGACAGCGAGCUCCUGAAGCAGGUCAGCGCGGCGGCCAGUGUGGUCAGCCAGGCCCUGCACGACCUCCUGCAGCACGUGCGGCAGUUUGCCAGCCGAGGAGAGCCCAUCGGCCGCUACGACCAGGCCACUGACACCAUCAUGUGUGUCACCGAGAGCAUCUUCAGCUCCAUGGGCGAUGCUGGUGAAAUGGUGCGCCAGGCCCGGGUCCUGGCCCAGGCCACGUCAGACCUCGUCAACGCCAUGCGGUCAGAUGCAGAGGCUGAAAUCGACAUGGAGAAUUCAAAGAAGCUCCUGGCAGCUGCAAAACUCUUGGCGGACUCCACCGCUCGCAUGGUGGAAGCGGCGAAGGGGGCUGCAGCCAACCCUGAGAACGAGGACCAGCAGCAAAGACUGAGGGAAGCUGCAGAAGGCCUCCGGGUGGCCACCAACGCCGCUGCCCAGAAUGCUAUUAAGAAAAAAAUUGUCAACCGAUUGGAGGUUGCGGCAAAGCAGGCGGCAGCCGCGGCCACGCAGACCAUCGCGGCCUCGCAGAAUGCGGCCGUGUCCAACAAGAACCCGGCGGCCCAGCAGCAGCUGGUGCAGAGCUGCAAGGCUGUGGCUGAUCACAUCCCUCAGCUGGUCCAGGGGGUGAGAGGGAGCCAAGCCCAAGCAGAUGACCUCAGUGCCCAGCUGGCUCUCAUCAUCUCCAGCCAGAACUUCCUCCAGCCUGGAAGCAAGAUGGUGUCCUCUGCCAAAGCCGCAGUGCCCACAGUGAGCGACCAGGCUGCAGCCAUGCAGCUGAGCCAGUGUGCCAAGAACCUCGCCACCAGCUUGGCGGAGCUGCGUACCGCCUCGCAGAAGGCCCACGAAGCCUGCGGCCCCAUGGAGAUCGACUCGGCUCUGAGCACCGUGCAGACACUCAAGAGCGAGCUGACGGACGCCAAGAUGGCCGCGGCCGAGAGCCAGCUGAAGCCGCUGCCCGGGGAGACGCUGGAAAAAUGUGCCCAAGACCUGGGAAGUACCUCUAAGGCAGUGGGCUCCUCCAUGGCGCAGCUCCUGACCUGUGCUGCUCAAGGCAACGAGCACUACACAGGGGUGGCUGCUAGAGAGACGGCCCAGGCUCUGAAGACACUGGCCCAGGCCGCCCGAGGAGUGGCCGCCUCGGCCAGCGACCCCGCCGCUGCGCACGCCAUGUUGGAUUCUGCGCGCGACGUGAUGGAGGGCUCCGCCGUGCUCAUCCAGGAGGCCAAGCAGGCCCUGGUCGCCCCUGGAGACGCCGAGAGCCAGCAGAGGCUGGCCCAGGUGGCCAAGGCCGUCUCGCACUCGCUGAAUAACUGCGUGAACUGCCUCCCCGGCCAGAAGGAUGUGGACGUUGCCUUGAAGAGCAUCGGGGAGUCCAGCAAGAAGCUGCUCGUGGACUCGUUGCCCGCAAGCACGAAGCCGUUCCAGGAAGCCCAGAGCGAGCUGAACCAGGCGGCGGCUGACCUGAACCAGUCUGCUGGGGAAGUGGUCCAUGCCACCCGCGGCCAGAGCGGAGAGCUGGCUGCAGCCUCCGGGAAGUUCAGUGACGAUUUCGAUGAAUUCCUCGACGCUGGCAUUGAGAUGGCGGGCCAGGCUCAGACCAAAGAAGACCAGAUCCAGGUGAUCGGGAACCUCAAGAAUAUCUCCAUGGCAUCCAGUAAGCUGUUGUUGGCUGCCAAGUCCCUCUCUGUGGAUCCAGGAGCCCCCAAUGCGAAAAAUCUCCUCGCUGCAGCUGCAAGAGCUGUGACAGAGAGCAUCAAUCAACUCAUCACUCUGUGCACCCAGCAAGCUCCCGGCCAGAAGGAGUGCGACAAUGCCUUGCGGGAGCUUGAGACUGUCAAAGGGAUGUUGGACAACCCUAAUGAACCUGUUAGUGACCUCUCUUACUUUGACUGCAUUGAGAGUGUGAUGGAAAACUCCAAGGUUCUGGGCGAGUCGAUGGCAGGGAUUUCACAGAAUGCCAAGACCGGGGACCUUCCUGCCUUUGGGGAGUGUGUAGGGAUUGCAUCCAAGGCUCUCUGCGGGCUGACAGAGGCAGCGGCUCAGGCCGCGUACCUUGUCGGCAUCUCUGAUCCGAACAGCCAGGCAGGCCACCAGGGCCUUGUGGACCCCAUCCAGUUUGCCAGGGCUAACCAGGCUAUCCAGAUGGCAUGCCAGAACCUGGUGGACCCUGGCAGCAGCCCGUCACAGGUCCUGUCAGCUGCCACAAUCGUCGCCAAGCACACCUCGGCCUUGUGCAACGCCUGCCGCGUCGCCUCGUCCAAGACGGCCAACCCCGUGGCCAAGAGGCACUUCGUGCAGUCCGCCAAGGAGGUCGCCAACAGCACCGCCAGCCUGGUGAAGACCAUCAAGGCCCUGGACGGGGACUUCUCUGAAGACAACCGCAAUAAGUGCCGCGUCGCCACGGCGCCCUUGAUCGAAGCCGUGGAGAACCUGACAGCGUUCGCAUCCAACCCCGAGUUUGUCAGUGUUCCUGCCCAGAUCAGCUCCGAGGGUUCCCAGGCACAGGAACCGAUCCUGGUCUCAGCCAAGACCAUGCUGGAGAGCUCAUCAUACCUCAUCCGCACUGCACGCUCACUGGCCAUCAACCCCAAAGACCCACCCACCUGGUCUGUGCUGGCCGGACAUUCCCACACUGUGUCUGACUCCAUCAAGAGUCUCAUCACAUCUAUCAGGGACAAGGCCCCUGGACAGAGGGAGUGUGACUACUCCAUCGAUGGCAUCAACCGGUGCAUCCGGGACAUCGAGCAGGCCUCCCUGGCAGCUGUCAGCCAGAGCCUGGCCACGAGGGACGACAUCUCUGUGGAGGCCCUUCAGGAGCAGCUGACUUCAGUGGUCCAGGAAAUCGGGCACCUCAUUGAUCCCAUCGCCACGGCGGCUCGGGGGGAAGCAGCUCAGCUGGGACAUAAGGUGACACAGCUGGCGAGCUACUUUGAGCCCCUGAUCUUAGCUGCAGUGGGUGUCGCCUCCAAGAUUCUGGACCAUCAGCAGCAGAUGACGGUCCUGGACCAGACCAAGACGCUCGCGGAGUCUGCCCUGCAGAUGCUGUAUGCCGCCAAAGAGGGUGGUGGGAACCCCAAGGCACAGCACACCCACGACGCCAUCACAGAGGCCGCCCAGCUCAUGAAGGAGGCCGUGGACGACAUCAUGGUGACGCUGAACGAAGCUGCCAGUGAGGUGGGGCUGGUGGGAGGCAUGGUCGACGCCAUCGCAGAAGCCAUGAGCAAGCUGGACGAUGGCACUCCUCCAGAACCAAAGGGAACAUUUGUCGACUAUCAGACGACUGUGGUCAAAUACUCUAAAGCCAUUGCGGUAACAGCUCAGGAAAUGAUGACUAAGUCGGUUACUAACCCGGAGGAGUUGGGAGGACUGGCUUCACAAAUGACCAGUGACUAUGGGCACCUGGCUCUCCAGGGCCAGAUGGCAGCAGCCACGGCGGAACCAGAGGAGAUCGGCUUCCAGAUUCGCACUCGAGUGCAGGACCUGGGCCACGGCUGCAUCUUCCUGGUACAGAAGGCAGGGGCCCUCCAGGUGUGCCCCACCGACAGCUACACCAAGAGGGAGCUCAUCGAGUGUGCCCGCGCAGUCACUGAGAAGGUGUCCUUGGUGCUGUCAGCUCUCCAGGCUGGGAACAAGGGGACCCAGGCAUGUAUCACAGCCGCCACUGCCGUGUCCGGGAUCAUCGCCGACCUGGACACCACCAUCAUGUUUGCGACCGCAGGGACCCUGAACGCAGAGAACAACGAGACCUUCGCAGACCACAGGGAGAACAUCCUGAAGACAGCCAAGGCCUUGGUGGAAGACACAAAACUGCUGGUGUCGGGCGCCGCGUCCACUCCAGACAAGCUGGCCCAGGCAGCCCAGUCCUCAGCAGCCACCAUCACCCAGCUCGCCGAGGUGGUCAAGCUCGGGGCCGCCAGCCUGGGUUCUGAUGACCCCGAGACCCAGGUGGUGUUGAUCAAUGCCAUCAAAGAUGUGGCCAAGGCCCUUUCAGACCUCAUUGGUGCUACCAAGGGAGCUGCCAGCAAGCCUGCCGAUGACCCCUCCAUGUACCAGCUCAAGGGGGCUGCCAAGGUGAUGGUGACCAAUGUCACCUCCCUUCUCAAGACUGUGAAGGCGGUGGAGGACGAGGCCACCCGGGGCACACGGGCGCUCGAGGCCACGAUCGAGUACAUGAAGCAGGAGCUCACGGUGUUUCAGUCAAGAGAGGUACCUGAAAAGACAUCAUCACCUGAAGAAUCUAUAAGGAUGACGAAAGGCAUCACCAUGGCAACAGCCAAAGCCGUGGCAGCUGGGAACUCGUGUAGACAGGAGGACGUGAUCGCCACCGCUAAUCUGAGCAGGAAAGCCGUGUCAGAUAUGUUGAUGGCUUGCAAGCAAGCAUCGUUCCACCCCGAGGUCAGCGAGGACGUGCGCGCCAGAGCCCUGCGGUACGGGACGGAGUGCACCCUCAGCUACCUGGACCUUCUGGAGCACGUGUUGGUGGUGCUUCAGAAACCAACCCCGGAACUCAAGCACCAGCUGGCCGCUCUCUCCAAGCGAGUGGCUGGCGCCGUGACUGAGCUCAUCCAGGCAGCAGAAGCCAUGAAAGGAACAGAGUGGGUGGAUCCAGAAGACCCAACCGUCAUUGCAGAAACAGAAUUACUGGGGGCUGCAGCAUCCAUUGAGGCUGCUGCUAAGAAGUUAGAGCAACUGAAGCCAAGAGCAAAACCAAAACAAGCGGACGAGACCCUGGAUUUUGAAGAACAGAUCUUGGAAGCUGCUAAAUCCAUUGCUGCUGCCACCAGUGCCCUGGUCAAAUCGGCCUCGGCAGCCCAGAGGGAGCUGGUGGCCCAGGGAAAGGUGGGAUCCAUCCCCGCCAAUGCUGCGGAUGACGGACAGUGGUCACAAGGGCUUAUUUCUGCCGCCCGCAUGGUGGCAGCUGCGACCAGCAGUCUCUGCGAGGCGGCCAAUGCCUCUGUGCAGGGACAUGCCAGCGAGGAAAAGCUCAUCUCAUCCGCCAAGCAGGUCGCCGCUUCCACGGCUCAGCUGCUUGUGGCCUGCAAGGUGAAGGCCGAUCAGGACUCAGAGGCCAUGAGGCGGCUACAGGCGGCAGGAAAUGCUGUGAAAAGAGCCUCCGACAAUCUUGUUCGUGCCGCCCAGAAGGCAGCGUUUGGCAAAGCUGAUGAUGACGAUGUUGUAGUGAAAACAAAAUUCGUAGGGGGCAUUGCUCAGAUUAUCGCUGCCCAGGAGGAAAUGCUGAAGAAAGAGCGAGAACUGGAAGAAGCAAGGAAAAAGCUGGCCCAGAUCCGCCAGCAGCAGUAUAAAUUCCUACCCACCGAGCUGAGGGAGGACGAAGGCUAAGGCCAGAGCCACGCUGGCGAGCCCCUGGGGACGGCUCUGCGAGAACUGGACAGACAGUGUUCCUGAGAGGCGGGGCGCUCACCGGGAAGCCGCCGCCCCCGGGCCACCCUGCGUGCUCGUGCUCACACCGCUGUCCUGUCGGGCACCAGCUGCAUGAUCGUGAUGUCACACGGUACAGUGUCCCACCCACAGCUCCUCCGCCGCCUCCCUCCUGCCUCACAUAUCUCAGGAGAGAGGGGCGCACAUGUCGUGGACUGUUACCAAAAAAGAGAAGUCAGUAUUAUGUCAUCCUCAGACACCUGUGCUUUCUGUCAGUCCUCUAGGCCCACCCUGGGCCUGUCGUGAAAUCUUAAUAGGAAAAACAAUAAUGGCUCGAAGAAAUCAUGGAUGCCGUAGAUGCCCAGACCCUCCUCUCCCUCUCAGGAGGUGGGGGGAGGGGGAGUUGAACACAUUAAUAAAAGACAGAAACGGGAACCAGCGUGGACUGUGGAGGACGACCAGGGCCAGCCUCCUGUGUGAAGCGCUGGCUCCCGCAGGGGCAGGACCUCCGGUCCCUGUGUGCACGCCUCCUUGCCUCCGUGUGUACGCUCCCUGUACCAUCCAGACCCAUCUUGUAUUCUGUGGCCCAGAAAAUCGAACGGUUAUUUUUUCUCCCAUAAUCCAAAGGGCAGAGGUGUGGGGUCACGGUCAGGGCUUGGUGAGCAGGGGCUGUAAUAAAGUGUGUGGGCUCCUUACUCUGCAGAGGCUGUUUCAGUUCCUACGAGUCCAUCACACAAACCCACGGCCCCCGAUGACAGGCAGCUCAACAUCCCCCGGUGAGCAUGCAAGGGGAGGAUUCAGCCGAA